AUGACAGGGAUGGAGGGAAAAUUGGAAUUGGCAUACUUUGAUCUCCUCAACCCAACCCCAGCCGCUGAGGCUCGCAAGCACAAGCUCAAGAACCUUGUACCAGCUCCCCGCUCCUUCUUCAUGGAUGUCAAGUGCCCCGGCUGCUUCACCAUCACCACCGUCUUCUCGCACGCACAAACCGUCGUCAUCUGCGCCGGCUGCUCGACCGUGCUCUGCCAACCCACUGGUGGAAAAGCCCGUCUUACCGAGGGCUGCUCAUUCCGAAGAAAGUAG